GCUUCAGAAGUGCAAAUUUGAAGAUCAAUGGCGUUCAGGUCAACUGAUCCGAGAAAAAAGGCGAGGCCUUUUUGCUUGUCCACGAAGCCGAGGGGCAGAAGGCUAGCUGAGGCCUUCGUCAAUGCAACAAGGAUGAUGCCCGUGGAUGUGGAAAUAUUCAGUGACUACGUUGGCAUGGUUGCAACGCUUAAUAAGCUUGAGAAGAAUGCCAUGAAGGGCAUCACUUUGAUAUCUUCCAAUUUCCGUAAACUGCUUUCACCACAAAGCUUAUUCUUCUCCAAUAGCAGUCACCGGAAAUUCUCUCUCGCCAGCAACAACAAGAAGAUGAUGAAACAUCUGGAAAACUUCAUGAACCGCUUCAGAAGCGCAAAUUUAAAGAUCAUUGGUGUUCAGGUCAACAAGUCCCUGAAAAAUGGCGAGGCCGUUUUGCUUGUCAACGAAGCUUACAGGGAGAAGGCCGAGUCCUUUGUCAAUGCAAUAGGGAGGAUGCCAAUGGAUGUGGAUUUAUUCAAUGACCAAGUCGAGUUAAUGGAAAACAUCGAUACUCAUAAGAAGAAUAUAAUGAAGAUUUAUGAAAGUGUGCAGUAUAUAGAAAAGGAGUUGAAGGUUAUUCGAGAGCAAAUGAAGAGUGAUGAGAUGGAAGAAUGCAGUGCUGCUACUACUGAAGGCAGCGGAGGCAGAGCUGAGACAGGUGAGGGACGAAAGUGAAGAAAAUUGAGCUUUAUAUUUAUUCUCGACUAUUAUAGGGUGAGUUUGAAAAUCUGAUGAUACAUUGACAUUUUACUUGUUUAUGAUAUGGUUUCUAGUAUUUAAGGAAAAUUGUGUUUUUAAUUUUAUUUAUUUGGCAUUUUUAGAUGUGAAGUUAUUUAUUUAUACAUGGUUUUAUAUUCACGAUUUAUUGUAAUUGAAAUAAGUCUCUAAGGAUAAAAUAAAUAUAUAUGUAAAAACUAAUAAACCUAAUAAAUUAAUUUUUUAAAU